CAGAGGCCCAGAUGAUCUGAAAAACUUUUAAUUCUUCUUUUCCUAGAGGUCUCUUAACUGGUAUCUCCAGGUUCUGGGAACAAGGUACAAGCCAGCAGUGAAGAAAUCACUUUUUAAAAUGAAGGACUUGCUACUAAUGCUGUGCCUUUUGGGAACAUGUUUUGCAGUGCCAAUAAAACAGGUAUUUCCUCAGCAAGCCGCAGCAACUGGACUGGGGAGCUUAAGCCUUGAGACAAUGAGACAGUUGGGAAAUCUGAAUGGACUAAACCUGCUUUCUCAGUUCUCUAGAUUUGGCUUUGGUAAACAAUUUAACCCUUUGUGGAUGCAUGGACUCCUUCCACCUCACUCAUCUUUCCCAUGGAUGCAGCAAAGAGAACAUGAGACUCAACAGUAUGAAUAUGCCUUGCCGGUUCACCCACCUCCUCUACCCUCCCAGCAGCCCCAAAAGCCAGGACAGAAGCCUUUCCUCCAGUCCAGUCCACCACCGGACACUGCCCAGCACGGGGCACAUCAGCCUCCACUGCAUCAAGGACAGAUCCACAUGCAUCCAGAGGACCGAGCAAUGGGCCAGCAGCCUGGGGGGCCUUUGGGCAGGGCAGGGAGACCCGAGCUACCAGAAAGGAAUUUUGCAGGUCACCUGGGUCAUUCGAUGUUUCCAAUGGGACGUUUGAUCGCUGAAGGACCAACUCAAAAAACAGAGAAAGCCCCACUUUAUCCAAGAAUGGUUUACAUGCCCUAUGGAGCAAAUCAAUUGAAUGCCCCAGGAAGAUUUGGCAUGCUAAGCUCUGAAGAAAUGAUGGGAGGAAGAGGUUCCCCCAUGGGUUAUGGUGCCAUGUUUCCAGGAAUGAAAUCUGGCUUUGGGGAGAUGACACCAAACCCAGCCACGGGAGGAGACUUCACUCUUGAACAUGACUUACCAACUGGCAACAACAAAACCCCUGGUGCAGCGGAGGGUGGUGCCCAAGGCUCCCCCGUGGCUGAAGCCAACCCAGAAAAUCUUGACAAUCCAGAUUUCCUUCCAGAAGACUUCCCCUGGGUGCAGGGAGGGAUCCUGAAUUUCCCUAAAGGGAGAAUGUCUAAGCUGGGGAGAGGUCCAGCUGGGCAGAUUAAGAGACCCCUCAAAGGCACUCCACCAACCUCUGAACCUGGGAUGACUCUGGGUACAGCUGAUUUUACGGAUACCUUUGGCACUGAUGUAACUACUCCCCUGGCCAACCUGGAGGAAGGUCCUUUGGAUGUUACUGUGGAACCAGAUACCCACCACACAUCAGUACAAGGGACUGGGGUUCGCCAGUCACAGAUUAUGGAAGAUGUAUGGCAUUUCCAAGAACCCUGAAAGGCUUGAGAAGUCAAUCACCCUCUGUAUUUAUGGGCAUGUUUCCCAGUUAUGUCUGAUACAAGAUCUUUUGUCUAGAACAUUUAUUAUUCUACUGCUAUGGCAAUUAGCAAUAAUGGAAUUAAAUAUCCAAAUAACAUAUGCAAAUAUCUAAUGAUAGCUGUGGACUGAGAGGAUUUAAUGAUCUUUGUGGUUCACACCAGAAUGAAUAAAAGGGCUCUGUCUUUAAUAUUUUCUUUUGAUUUUCAACUAUUUGAAAAUAAAACAAUUCCUAAUGCAUUAUAAAACUCUUAGUAUUAGAAUGGUAUUAGCUAUCAUAUCCAAUUACAAAGCUGCUUUUAAAAUUUUUUCCCGUAAGCAACCUGGAAUAUUCUCAGAAGUAAAUAAUAUUUUAUCCAAACCCAUUUAAGUGGGGAUUCAUGGGAAUUCUUUUACUGGUGUGGGUGUUUAGGUGUACUGUAUGGAUUAUAAUAUAACACUUUAUAGAAUAUGUCAUUUCAUUGGAUUAAAAGUGCCUUACU